CUUUUCAAAAUGGCUGUCUCUAUUUUCCCGUUGGUAACUUGGCAAGUUAAGUUUCUUUGUUUCAUUUUCUUUAAUGUGCAAAGCCAAACUGCUCGUUAACGUUAUAAAAGUAAAGUCUCGUGUGAUUAAUGCAAUCUAAAACUUAUUUCAGGAUGAACAAGAUGUUUAUUGAUUUGUGUCUGUGUAAUGAAGACAUCAAAGACAUCACGGCGACGUGCACGUGCCAAACAUGUGGAUAUAGACAUCAUGAAAUUCCUGGUCUCCACCGUGGCAUGCAUUACUGUUUAGUAGGAGCUGCGAAUGCUGUGGCUGCACACAUGCUGUUGUUGUAGUCCUACCAAGGAGUGUGGAAACCACUCCCUUUGAUGAUGCCGUCGCGCACUCAAUCAAUCAAUCAGGGGCUCCCUCGUCCGCAUCCGCGUCUUCGGUAAUGCAUCCCCCCCUGCAACUUCUGGAGCGUCGACUCGAAUCCGGCGAUACCGCAGACUCCCGCCGCCCGUCUGUGUGCGCGAGGAAAGAUGUUGAAUGGCCCCCCCUCACAUCACCAAAUCGAGCAGUAGACACACUCAAGAAUAGAAGCCGAUUUUUCUUAUACGAAUGACGACGACGCCGGCCCUUUUGUGUCUUGCCACUGUGAUUGGCUCCUUCGGGAUUGUCUAUGCUGCUGCGGACGAAAAGGAAAGAAGGCAGCAACCGUUCAGCUUUGGCGCGUCCUAUAGGCUCGAUACAAUUGCCUCUUUUUGUUCACGAUCCGGCGGGAGCCAACAGAUCCGCUAAAGCUGUUAAUCGAUAAACCCAGGCUCCUUUUGAUUCCAUUUCUUCUAUUUUCUCUCACUCUACGUGAGUCAGCCGAGUGACGACAAAAAGAAGAAACACAAAUUCUUCUUCUUCUUCUUCACGAACGUUUCUGGAAUAUCUUUUCCGGUAUCAGCCGAGAGAGGGUGGGCGUUCAUAGGAGGACGCGCAAUGGAUGGAUGAAUGAAUGACAGACGGUCGAGCGGACUCUGCUGCUCCUGCGGAUGUCUAUAAGGGAACUGAGGACCCCAAAUCAAACUUGGUCUCACACAUACAAAAACAGGGCAAAAGGAGAAAAGAAUUAAUUAGAGCGCUCAAUCUUAUUUAUAUAUCCCGCCGAAUUCUAGAUCACAGGCUUUCCAAAAGAAGAAAAAAAAAGAAAAUCACGAAGAAGUGUAUCACGGGAUGGAUCCUUUUUGGUGUGUGGUACGUACAUCAAAAGCUCAGCCUCUGCAAAAGCUUCGACGUGUGGGUUGAUGAUGUCGGCGGCUCUGCCAUUAUGCAGUGGAAGAAACUUUGGGUGUUGUAGUAACGCCAAGAACGUGAAAGUGCAGCUCGCGAUAUCCCCCAGAUUGGAAAUGCGUCGAGCCGAAAACAUUCGAGAUAGAGUAGUAGUAGCACUGCGCAUCUAGAAAAAAGGGGGGGGGGGGACGACAUGCAUAAAUGCCUAGCCGUGCAUAAGUGGCGUUUCUGCCGAAGUGAACAAAUCUUGAGAGAAUUCUCACAUUUCGAGCGACGGGCCGGAAAGCGAAUCAUCAAAUGGCGGUCGAAUCAAUCAGUUCUCCUUAUUUCUUCCCCCUCGUCAAAUGAAAAUAAAAAGAGGAUCGUCAUAAGCGGCUCCCGUUUCCUCCUCUUUACUUGUAAUCAAUUCCCCGCCCCACAAAUUCGAUCAAGGGAUCAAUGGCAGCCGAGAAUGACUUGCCGAGACUCUUUGACUGCUAGGCAGUGUGGGAGAGGGAGUACUAUUACUUAUAGACCUAGCAUCAAUCGUCGUUCAAUUAAAUCAGAAGGUUACCGCAUUUUAUUUCCACCUACAAAGGCCGACCGGAAGCCCCAAAGUGUAAAGAGCUUCUUUUAAUUUUAACUUCACUACGUGUCUCUCUUUUAGCCCCCCCCCCUUCUCUUGCUGCACACGUGCCGUCUCCACUUUCGUUGAGUGACAUACAGCGAUUAGAUUACACAAACACAUGCAGCACGGCUACUGCUGGCAUUUGAUACUUUUGAAAAGCAAAUAGAAUUUUUACUCCUCCGCCACACACAAGGGGUUGGAAAAUGGAUUUCACCGAGAGUUCUCUGCCCCCCCCCCCUCUCUGGUGUGUAUGUGUGUUUAGACGCAUCGAUCCAUAAUAUUCCUCCCUGUCGAAUGGUUCCUUUCUGCUUGUGUCAAUUUGUCUUGUCAUUAUUUCGUGGCAUGUCUUCCGCCUUCAGCAUUAGACAAGAGGUAUCAAGUGGAUGAUGCCUACCAGUAUUGACACAUGGCUUCCCGCCCUCUCACGUUUUGCCAUGAAAAGUGCAUGAGAUGCUAGAAAAAGUAACACAUCCCGAAAAAGAAGAACAAGUCGAUAAAUCGAUAUGAAGCAAGAAAUAGAUUCGUGUCUAAGAAAAAGAAAAAAAAUGCCACUAACAACGUACACGUCGUCAAAUAAACCGACACCCUUUUUUCCCCGUGUGUCGAAGACUAUAUAUCUAUAUUUGAAAGCCGUUUGUUAUUUUUCAUUUCUCUCCGUGUUUUCUUUAGGUUUUUACAACGCUGGGACCCGGGAUGAUUGGAUAGACUUUGAAGCGUUUUCUUUUUUAAAGAAGAAGAAAAUAAAGAAACAUCCGAGAAUGAAAGCCACAGUUUCUGGUUCGAGUCAUUCAAGUGUGUAACAAUACGGUUUUUUACCGGGGAAACUCGGUCGAGAGAUGAUUACAUCCCCCCCUGUCGUCAAAACACGUUACGGCGAAGAAAAAAAGGACGUUGAAGAAGGACCGAAAAGGAGCUGUCAACUAACGGACACAUUCACCCGCCUUCAGGUUCUAUUUAAAUACCAUUAUGUCAGUGAUGACGCAUCCAGCCGCACAAGGGAAGAAAAAAAUGACAGAAGGAGUCGCUUUUUAUCUGUGCAGAGCCGAAUGUGAAAGAAAAGGGGGCCCGUAUAUAUGAUCAAGUGUUUGGAUGUGCAUGGUCCAAGCGGAUAAAAGUGAAAAGGCGACCAAAAGCGGACGAGCUUCGUCGUCAUGAGUCACCGCGAUGUGUCGUCAAUGGGCGUCUCAGCCGAGUCUUUCAAGUGCCAGGGACGUGCUAUCUACAACGGCGACUGCCAUCUAUCUGCUAUCCGGAUCUCGACGCAAAAGUUUGAUAUUUUCAAAGGAUCGAAUUGAUGCUGCCAUAGUUGCUGCAUGUGUGUCACACACAUGCAGCAACUCGACUGGAAACGGACCAUUGAACAUUGCCGAGCAAAAAGCAUAUGCAUAAAGCUAAUUUGGGUCACCUUGUCCAAGCUGCUCCAGUCGCCGACCGACUACAACAAAUGACAACAGCUUUAGAGCCUUCCUUGAGUGAAGGACUGAUUCAUUUAUCCAACCUAUUUGAUUGUGUUAUGAACUAUGACGAAAACAUCGGCAAUAGUCAUGACGAUGAAAAUGCCACAUUGCUCAUUCGAACGGCUCUUCAAUCAGCAUCAAAUUCGCUCAAUACGACGGAAAGUAUCUCAGCCGAACACUUGCAAAUGUACGAAGAGAACCUCUUUUCUUUUUCUGCUGAUAUCGCUGCCAAAGAAAAACAACUCCUAGUUCAAAAUAGAGAACUGAAACACUUGGCGAACGCGAUCAAUUAUUGGCGAUCAGAAGAGUAUAAACUGCGACAGUUAAUAGCAGAGCUUGACGCCAAAGCGAGUGAUGCCGAACACAAAGCCUACCGUGCUCAAAGAAAUGCUGACAAGAAAAAGAAGAAUAGAUGGAAGUGGAUUACGGCGACAGUCUUUACUGCCGGACUAGCGACGCCAGGACUUGUUAUCAACGAGAAAGACAUCAAGAAAUUGAGAAGAGAUCGCGAUGCUUGGAGGUCACAGGCGAAUGCACGACGUCAUACACUUCAAGUAGCUCAAAAUAAUCAUCGCGACAUUGUAAGCCGGCAGAAAAACACCGAACAGUCCAUUCGAAACACACAGACCAGCCUUUCGUCCGCUCAAAUCUCGCUGGAGAAACUGCAGAAGGAUUACUUGGUUUUGAGUAGCCUUGGUGCUGAAAUGCGAAACAUUUCCACGUUUUUGUUUUCUCUGAAUGGCGAGUUGAGCGUUGUCCACAGUCAGCAGCAAUUGAUGGUGCUCUUUCAACCCUUGCUCGAGUCCAUUGAUAGUUUAAUUACUUUUUUAGAGAGCAAUGUCAACACGAUAGUUUUGUUAGCUAAUAAUGAGGCCGUGACCAAAAUUCGUGGUUAUCUUUCUUCGUUCCAUGCCAAGGAAGUACCAACUGUUGAGAGCAAUUCCGAUCCAUCUUCCCUUGCACAAGACAAAAUUGAUGACAGGAUUACGAUUCUCGAAUCUGAAUCUGAUGCCAAAAUCAAGGAAUUUAAGCUAGAUUCAGAGGAUAGACUGAAGCAAUUUCAACUCGAUUCGGAUGCUAGAUUGGAGCAAGUGCAACUAGAUUCUGACGCAACAUUGCAGCAAUUGCAACUAGUAGUGUGGGCAUUUUAGCUUUU